UUCAACUCCUUAUUUUUUUUCCUGCUGAUGUGCACACCCUUUUCUCCACCUCUUUUACAUCCUCCCUCCCUCAGCAGCAGCCAGUGGUACACUCCAGCAGUCUUUGCAUCUCUCUUUCUCUCUCCCUCUCUCUUCCUCUCCUCCUCAACCUCAGCAGUCCCCACACUGGAGCAGACGCUGGUGCAGUGUCGAUCCAUACAUGCACGUGUCUUGUCUUUCGGGGCGACCAGCAUUCUUUGGAAACGCCCAGCACACCAGUUUGCAAGGGUUGUUAUGAGUUAAUCCACGCGAGAAUGUGCGCAUGAGCGUCUUUUGUACCGAGGAGCAUGUGCACUGACUGAAAGACACAGCGAGGAUGUGUGGUGGGCAGGAUCUGUCGUGAUCGGUGGAGUUUGUGGUGUACAAUACUUGUGCUGUCAGUCUUCCCCUCCCUCCAGUUUGGUUGUCUGGCGAGGACUAACAGCAGCGUCCUGCCGGGAUGUCCACCUCACCUGGUGCAAGAGAUGGAAGCCAAAGGAGCUCUUUGGAGCUUGAUGCGGAGCACUCGCAGAAAGUCCCCGGAGCCGAGCAAGCAGGGGUCCCAACACCCCAGGUGAAGCUGAAAGAGAGGCAGAAGUUCUUUGAGGAGGCUUUUCAACAAGACAUGGAGCAGUACCUGUCCACUGGAUACCUUCAGAUCACCGAGAGGAGAGAGCCAAUAGGAAGCAUGUCUUCCAUGGAGGUCAACGUGGACAUGCUGGAGCAGAUGGAUCUGAUGGACAUGUCCGACCACGAGGCGCUGGAUGUCUUCCUGCACUCUGGGGGAGAGGACAACAGCGCUGCCUCACCUGUCACAGGUCCAGACAUUGAGUCCUUUACAACCGAGAUCAGCCUCCAGGUCCCCACCCAGGCCGAGCUCCGACACAAGCUUUCGUCCCUGUCCUCCACCUGUACGGAUUCAGCCAGCCAGGACACAGAGGCCGGGGAGGAUGAAGAGGACGAGGAGGAGGCUGAGCAAGGAGGAAGCGGCGGGGUUGUUGGAGGAGGAGGAGGAGGAAGGAGAAGAAGGCCCCCAGUAGUAGUGACCCUGGAUAAAGAGGAGGUCCAGCUGGACACUGCGCUGGUGGACAGAGAGGACCAGGAUGAUCAGAGCAGUCGAGACUGUGAGGAGAGGAGGCAGCAGGUUUGAGAACAGUUGGACUUGAUUUAAAGAGCGAAAACCCUCAGAGCUGCCAAAUCAAACUUAGAUAUAUAUUCUAUUGUAUUCUAUUCUAUUCUAUUUAUUGGCUUUUAUUCCCAAAAACCUUUCAUUUCAUCAGAGAGAUGACACUGAGGUUGCACUAACUGCCACAUAAACUUGCCUUAAGACCAGAGAUGUAAGUUCAGUCUGAUCAAAUGUUUUUCAAGAUGUUUGUGAACCGUUCUUGGCUCAGAAUGAACUGAAAGUUUAAGGUUUUUCAGAGAAUCAGAUUCAGUAUUACAGGCUUCUUGCUGUAUGAAAGUUGCUAUAAUUGUAUUCCAGAUAUAAGACUAUAUUAUUUACAUGUGAAUCUCAAUAGGUUUCAGUCAGUAAACCAAAUAUUCAAGCAAAGUGUUUUUCUUAAAAAAAAAAAGAAAAAAAGAAAAGCAUUUACAAAAAAUAAAAACAAAGGAAUCAAUAAUAAAUUGUGCAUUAAAAAGAACACACUUUACUUGAGAUUAAGUUUAAGCAUGACAGAAUAAUCCAGAAAGGGUAGAGAAGCAGCUUAAUCAAAAAACACUUUUGAAAUUGUAUUAUUUUAGGAUUUGUGAAACAUUUGGAGUAUGAACCAUUGUGAAGGUAAAUGAUUGACAAAAACUGUUGAAAAACAUCCAGAAGUCUAAUAGAAAAAUGUGAAAAUAAGAAACAUUAUGGAAAUCCUGAUGUUCCGUUUCUAUAGCUCUGCAUGUUGAGUCUGAGCAAAGCCUGUUCCUGAUGAAGGAAAUGAGGUCAUAGAUAAGCCAUCGGUCUGACUCGGUAAGCUCAAAUUCUGUUCAUGCUUUAUAGUGAAAUGUAUUGUGCAUAAAUCCUAAACCCGUUUUCUGAUUGUUGGAACUUUAACUGAACUUAUAAAAGUGUUUUUACCUCUCCUAUGUUGAUAAUGAAAAAGGACUACCUUCAGCUCCAUUAGGACUGUGAUCCUGAUCUUCCUUUGUAUUAAAAGCAAACCAAACUCAUUUCCUUUUAUUGGACAUUUUUUAUUUGGCUCAUCCACAUUUUUUAAGACAAAGCUACAGGUUUCCUGAUAAAGUGAAGGGG